AGCUGAUUAAUACACAAAAAUGCCAUCAUAAAUUUAAAUGCUUGCACACAUUAUUUCACAAUGCUUUAAAUUGUCCAUCAAAAUUUAUCAUGUACUCCUUUAUCUUUCUAAUUGUAAGCUUAAUCAACUCCCUUGAUCAGUGUUUUGGUUCUUCACCAUCUCUUCCGCCGGGGAAACCUAGUAGUGGUGAUAUCCUCUUCUCAGCACCCCUCAUCCAUCGUAGCUCACCAGAAUCUCCCUUCUAUGACCCAGACUACACGCGAGCAAAACACAUACAAGAUGGAGUCAUCACCUCUGUAGCAAGAAGCCGCUACUUCAGCCAACUCAGUGCGCUGGCAAAAGACUAUGUCGCGGCCCCACUUUCUGGGUGGAACUUGCUCAUGAAGUACACUCUGGGAACACCAGCAGUCACUAGUUAUGGUAUCUUUGACACUGGAAGCAGCUUUACCUGGAUCCAGUGUCGUCCAUGUGUUCAUUGCUAUAAGCAAGGAAAUUACACGGUUUUUAACCCACAAAACUCGUCUACAUACCGACAAGUCCAAUGUACAGAUCAAGAGUAUUGUUCCAUGGCACCAGGGCAUACAUGUGGGAGCAAUAACUCUGAAGACCCUGAUUUCCCCUUCUGUGUCUAUCAUACUUCCUACAGGGACAAAUCAUCAAGAGGGGUAGUCUCGACAGAAACCCUAACUCUAUCAGCCGAGAAUACCUCAAGGACUAUGGACAACAUGGUUUUUGGUUGCGGUCAUGACAACCAUGAUGUAAGCCAUAGUCCUGGAAUUGUAGGGGUAGGCAACCAGAGUGCCUCCCUCGUCCGUCAAUUAACUGUCUCUCACUUCUCCCACUAUGUCUUCGCCAAUGGGACCCACAUCCGGGGGGUAGCCCACUUUGGGCCCGGAGCAUUCACGUCAGACGUUGGGAUGACAACACCCCUUUUGCCUAACGGUUAUGGGGUCUAUUACCUAAACCUCACAGGGAUCAGUGUGGAUGGGUCAGAAGUGAACCUUCCAGCAGGGAUUUUCGAGAAAUCUAAAGAUGAGAACGGAACAGAUGUUGGAUUUAUCAUAGACUCAGGAGCCUCAUAUACAAUGCUACGAGGUGAAGCUUUUGACAUCUUGGUGAGUGUUAUCAUGGAUGUUAUGUCUGAGUAUACCCCGGAAAGCACUGAGCAUUUCGAGUUAUGCUACAGGGAUAUUAGUGAUGCUCCAGAGGUGGUGUUCCACUUCAAUGGCCUAGACUACAUGUUAUGUGAUGCAAAUUUAUGGAUAAGACACUCUGGGUUAUAUUGUCUGGCUAUGAUCAGGCUCAAAGAAAGUGAGGGUAAGGUGUCGAUAUUAGGAUUUCACCAGCAAAGGAAUGUUCAUAUUGGGUAUGAUCUGGAAAACAACUUGCUAAGUUUAGUCUAUUCAGGAGCUUGUCCUGAUGACGCUGUCGAUUUUCUGGAAGGGUAAAGGCAGCAUGCACUAUUCUUCAACUAUACAUUGCAUCUACAUAUAUAUAGCACUCCAUGGACAACAAAUCAGAACUAAAAGCAGAAAAUUCAAGGGUAACUGGGUAAGCCAGAUCCUUGAUCUCAAUGUCUCACAUUUAGGGGGGGGUGUUGGUAUAAAUACUGAUGUAAAUAACUGAAGUCCUCUAAAUAUUCAGGGGAAAUCAGAAUCUUAUGCUAGAAGUCACUAAAAAUAAUGGUAAAAACUUAUCUAUUUGUCUAAACUGAUCAA